GCGGUGUGUUUUUGUCAGUCGGCGGUGCAGCGAUCAGAGCUAAACUAUAACGAGGUGACAACUGAUGUGAGGAGAGAUCCAUAACAGACUGCCGAGAUGACUCCACCUGCAACCUGAUUGGCCAAUAUGUUGUCGGACAACUUGUCAAUGUUUCACUGCUCAGUGAUUAGAAAACAACACCGCGGGAGAAACACUAGCUAGGACAACAGCAAGCUGAGCAGUAUGCUGGACGUGGGGAAGUGGCCCAUGUUUGCGCUCCUUCCUCCUGAGGAGCUACGGCUUAUUCGGCAGGCUUGUGUCUUUGGCAGUGCUGCAAAUGAAGCCCUCUAUGUCACAGUUAAUGAUGAGGUCUUUGCUCUGGGCACCAACUGCAGCGGCUGUUUAGGCCUCGGAGACCUUCAAAGCACGAUAGAGCCGCGCCGGAUUGAUGUCUUGUGUGGAAAGAAGAUCGUGUCCCUAAGCUAUGGAACGGGACCACAUGUGGUUAUCACUACUGCAGACGGAGAGGUGUUUGCUUGGGGCCAUAACGGCUACAGCCAGCUGGGCAAUGGCACCACCAACCAUGGACUGACCCCCGCCUUGGUUUCCACCAACCUCCUCAGCAAGAGAGUGACAGAGGUGGCCUGUGGCUCCCACCACACUAUUGCCCUCACGACUGAUGGAGAGGUGUUCGCAUGGGGUUACAACAACUCGGGCCAAGUAGGUUCGGGGUCUACGGCCAACCAGCCGACACCACGGCGGGUUAGCAGCUGCCUGCAGAACAAAGUGGUGGUGAACAUAGCCUGUGGUCAGCUCUGCUCUAUGGCUGUACUGGACAACGGAGAGAUCUAUGGUUGGGGCUACAAUUGCAAUGGACAGCUUGGUUUGGGCAACAAUGGGAACCAGCAGACCCCAUGCAGGAUCGCUGCUCUGCAAGGUGUCAACGUCGUGCAGGUUGCCUGUGGAUAUGCGCACACGUUGGCACUCACAGACGAAGGGAUGGUUUACACCUGGGGAGCCAACUCCUAUGGGCAGUUGGGAACAGGCAACAAGAGUAACCAAGCUCUCCCCACCCUAAUAAACACUGACAAGGAGAGAAUGGUGGAGGUGGCUGCAUGUCACACCAGCCACACGUCAGCUGCCAAGACGCAGAGCGGGCAGGUUCUGAUGUGGGGUCAGUGUCGAGGUCAGGCUGUGGCCAGCCCCCACCUCACCCACUUCAGCAGCACAGACGACGUGUUUGCCUGCUUCGCCACGCCAGCGGUCACGUGGCACCUCCUCUCAGUAGAUGGCGAUGACUACCUGACCGUUGCCCAGUCUCUGAAGAGGGAGUUUGACAGCCCAGAGAUUUCCGACCUUAAGUUCUUGGUUGACGGGAAGUGUAUCCAUGUUCACAAAGCGCUGCUGAAAAUCAGGUGUGAGCAUUUCCGUGCACUGCUGAAUGAAACCGAUGAGGAUGCCAUAGAAGUCCACCAGUUCUCAUACCUGGUGUACCGAGCCUUUCUGGAGUACCUCUACACGGACACCAUCAACCUGCCACCAGAGGAUGCUAUUGGCUUGCUGGACUUGGCCACGUACUAUCGAGAGACCCGGCUGAAGAGGCUGUGCCAGGAAACCAUCAAGAGAGGCAUUUCUGAGGAGAACGCCAUCACUCUGCUCUCUGCCGCUGUCAAGUAUGAGGCGCGGCCCUCUUCAUUUUUAGGACCUGGAGGAGUUCUGCUUCAAGUUUUGCGUCAACCACCUAACGGCUGUCACGCAGACCCAGGCCUUUGCGGACAUGGACCACGACCUGCUCAAGAACUUCAUUAGCAAAGCCAGCCGCUACGGGGCCUUCAAGAACUGACUAGAGGGCCCCCGUAGCGACGGACUCGACGUGAUGCGGUCUCGGUUCACUGAGGCCCUGAGAGUCGACCCUAGCCCAAAGUAAACACCAGGCUGAUGAGCGCUUCAAUGUCGCUGGGGAUGUUAACACUGGAGAUGCAAAUUGCUUUAGGUUCCGCCCUCUAACUGAUGCGUCCGUGUGUUGCUGCCCUAAAACUAUCCCAAACACAAUAGCUGCUCGGGGCGUAAAUAUUGGGUGUCCCCACUCACUCAGUCACGAGCCAACAGUGCAGAGGCACGAAUAGAAAGUGGUCUUUGUGUCAUUGACAAUAGGCUGGGCUACUAACUGGAGGUGUCUGAUUGGUUUGAUCAACAGACGGAUGGGGUGCCUCAUUACAGCCAGCUCAGACACAAUGCCUGGAAACGCUGCUCGCUAUUCAUUGCAUUACAAGGGGUUUGGCGUUUGAGGUGUGGGACAAAUUAUCAAUGCGCAUAUCGCACUGUAGCCAUGAAUUGAGCCUUCAAGUUGUGCUGCUUUUCUGUGAAGCCUUGAUUCUCCAACACCCUGGAUUGAGAAGUAGUGUUUAAUGAGGAAAAACACAAGCGCUUCUUCUUUUUGAGAAAACUUGUGAUGGACACCCCUUUUUUUUUUUUUUUUUUUUCCUUCUUCUUCUAAACAGCUGUAGCUUGUAUCUGGUCAAUGAUACCAUCUGUUCUCUUGCAUAACUUCAUUUUGCCAUUUUGUUUUAUAUUGUAAGUGUUCACCUUUGCCAUCCAAGCUUAUGGUUACUGAUUGAUGUCGACUGACAUUUGCACUGUUUUGCUGUCGACAGUUGGCAGACAGGUGCAGUCGGUUACACUCGGUGUGCAGCCGCAAACAGUGUCUGACUCACAGGAGCAUAUUGAGUCCUGUGUAGCCUGUGGGUGAUGUCACACUGUAGGUGCAGCUGAUUUUACAGAUGUUUCAUUUGCAAUUUGCUAUGUUUACAAAUGUUUUUUUUAAUUUUAUUAUCAUUGUCUGUAUGUUGGCAGCAACAUUCUGGAUCUUUUUACAAGUCUUGCUGUGUGUCAGUCCCCCGGUAGAACCUUGUGGGAACUAAAUAGUGCCGGCUUGGUGGAAUCGCCAACUGACUGUUAAAUAUAAGACCACAAGGUCUUUAAACGUAGUCACCAGAUAAUUCACCAGAUACAUCUAACUAGAAAUGUAACAAAACGCUCCUACUUUUAACAAGCCAAUUAUUGUAUUUUGUUUUUGUGGAAUAUUUUGAUAAUUACUAAAGAAAAUGCCUGUGUGUUCUCAUUUUGUAUGGAAAAAAAUGCUGUAAUCUGCUGACAGUGACACAAAGGGUAACAUUUGUAAUUUGAAAUAUAUUAAAUUGAGUAACUAUGAA